AUGCAGGAGGCAGACAUCCCCAACCCUAACUUCUUCCCCUUGGGCAGGGACGGCGGUUGGCCGUGGCCGCGGCAACACGGUUCGGUGGGGCAGAGCGGCACAUCUGCGGGGGACGCCGCCGGGCACGGAGGCCGGAUAGCGGCGCCGCUGUCAGGGCGACACGCGCCGGUCGCCAGUGGGGCAAGUGCAGCGGAAAUGCGCGGGAUGGCGCACUGCUCCCCACAGCCUCGCGCCGGCGGCCUUCGCAGCGCUGCGCGAGGCGUCGCCGUGAAAAGCAGCGGCGACGAUGACCCACUGAAUGUGAACACCAGCAGCACCUCCAGCUCGACCACCUCGCUACAGUGGCGUCGCCAUAACCCCUACCGGACAGCCUCCACCACCACUUCCAGCCCAGCGCACUCGCCCCGUGCGUGUCACUCUGGAAGCCCUCUUGCAUUACCGGGUAGCCUCGCCGACAUCCGCAGCAGUGGCUCUGCGCCUGCAUCGCCGCACCUGAAUGCGGUUCUUAAUCCGCACGCGUCUCGCAGCAGCCGCGGGGCCGCGUCCGAUAGCGAGGCCCCGUACCGUCUUCAGCCAGCAUCGCCGAGCAGAUCCGGGCACGACCCCGGCACCUUCUUCUCUCCGAAGGCUAUGCAGGCACGCGAAACGCUGUCGCGUACCUCUUCUGCUGUAAGUUGCCUCAGCAGUCAUUACAGCUGUAGCGACCAGCGGCACAGCAGCAACACCGGGCUCCUUCCCGACGUGGGCGUAGUGACAGGCGCCACCUCGAGCUCUGGCGUGUCCCUUAUGCACACCUACCAGUUUCACCUCGACACGCAUGACCAGAGCGGGGCAGCAUCGUCGUCCGCAACGGCGCGGCACUCGUACACAACAGUGGACCAUUUCUUUGAAGAGACAGGCGGCUUUCCUGUCGAUGCAGACUUCGGGGCCGACAGCUACAAUCGGCGGCGCUCUGGUGCUUCGCGCAGCUCUCCGGAUGACAUGGGCCAUCACCAGCGGAGUGGCGGUACUGACAGCUGGUACGACAGCGGCAGCACCGCACCCCCCUCCCUCAACGCGACUGCGCGCCACCACACACCCGGUCAAGCCUCUCUUCGUUUUUCCAGCAUUGGCUGGUGUGCACGCGUGUCUUUGCCAAAGGGAAACGUGCAUGGGCAGAGCCCAAUCGACUCUGUGGGAGCCUCUGGCACCGCGGGUGCGGAUACGAGCAUCGGGCAGACCGGGUCAUCGGCGGUGCAGGGGCCUCACAGACCCACAAAGCCACCCUCAGCGAUUUCCUCGACCGAGGCGAUGCGCGAGUGGCAGCAGGCUUGGUUGAGUGCCGAACCGAAUGACAGCGACGGUGUGCCCACCAUGCCGUCCUACAUGGACUCUAUUUUGACACCACCAGACCUCCCCGAGGUGGAGCAGAGCAGGCGUGCCAACAACCAUCAGCACCACCAGCAUCAGCCGCAACGCAAGCCAAACGCUAGCCCCGCAGCUCCGUCACCCGUCAUCAGCUCAGCCGCAACGCCGGGUUUCACCGUUUCCCAACUCACGGAGCUUCUAGAGGCGCACCGAGGGCGUACGCACGGUGGUGGCGGUAAAGACGAGGCCGUAGAUGAGGUUAGGUGUCCUGCGGGGUCGCAGUUCUCCGUUUACGAUUCUGGCAUGCGACGACACUACCUCAUCAGGAGCGAGCAGGUUGCCAUCACGCGUGGCGCCAUUAAAUACGCCUCUCUGACCGAGCGCUACGGCAGCCAAACGCGAUUUCGCUUUCAGCUGUGCAACCGCUAUCUACACCACCGCUGCUCCAGCGCGGUGGAGUGCCAAUACAUCCACAGCCUUUUCGUCUCGACGGCAACGCAGGUGCAUGUCAACGAAAAUGGCAUCACUACCUACGGUGUGCGCCAGAUGAUCCGUGAGGAGCUCGCUGGGGGCCGCAACACGCUCGAGUACCCUACCAUCACACCAGGCAUAGUCUUUGCCGUCUACCCCCCAAACCAGCUUAACAGCUUCCCGCAAUUCAUACUGUCGGAGCUAAUUCUGCAGACUGAGGGUGCUGUGCAGACGUCCCAGGCACUCAGCGGAGACGCAGCCCACGGCGCUGAGGCCACCAUCGUGCGCCCACGACACUGUGCGCACUUUCAGUUCAAGCGCAUGUGCAAUUUGGGCGCUUCCUGCCGCUUUAUUCACUCGCUGGUUCCGUUCGUGCAGGGGCUGGUAAAUCAGCCACCACUGCCCGCGUGUGUCGACUUGAACGCCCUCAGUGGCCUCGCUGCCGGUGGCGUUCUCCCCUCUGCUGUGUUUGACGGCAACGGUAGAGCGGCAAUUUGGGGAGUUGGCGGUGCAGGCGGGACAAGCGUAGCCGUGCCGCGACCGAUACGCAGUCAGUGCGUCCUGCCUGUGUGGCCGAAUGUGGUGGGGACUGCGCAAGAGGCGGCGCUUUCGCCGCUGCUGCCACCACCGUCGGCGCUAUUAUCUAGGCCUGCAGUAGCGAUGGGGCGGUGUGGCAGGAUGAAUGCUGUCUACGAGACAGAUGACCACGCGACUCAGAUAGCCCCGCAAGGGGUUCCACAGUAUGUUAACAUCACUGAGGUGUGUGCGGCGGGUGCACCGCUGUAUCCGACAGUGGCGCCCAUUGAUGUUGCAGAGGUCGGCGGUGAAUCAGUGGUGGUGAUACCGCCUCCACACGAGAAGCAGCACGGUGCCACCGCAGCGGUGGGCCUCCACGGCAGCUGCGCCCCCCCAAACAGCACCGUGGCGCUGCUUCAAAGGAGAUUUAAUACAGCGCAGCUGCGCCGAGGGCACAGACGACGCUGA